AUGUUGGCAUUAAAACUUUUAAAACUUCGAAAUUGUGAAGCUUCAAAUAAUUUUAUUUAUUUAAUUACAGGGGAACCCUACUUAAAUAUAAUUAUUCAACCAACAAAUAGAAUCAGAUAUCGUUAUAGGAGUGAAAAAGGAUCACAUGGAGGGUUGACUGGUAAAACUAACAAUACAACCAGAAAAACUUAUCCAACUGUUAGGCUUGAAAAUUACAGAGGUAACAGACAGGUCUGUAUUCGUGGUAGUUUGUAUACAAAUGAACAAGAUUCUAAACCACAUGUUCAUAAACUCAUGGGAAGAAAUUGUAAUGAAGAUGGAGUAUGUACUAUACAUCUUGGUGAAGAUAUGACAGCAGUGUUUCAAAAUCUUGGUAUAUUAUUUGCAGCUAAAAAGGAAGUACCUCAAAUAUUAUAUCACAGAAAAUUGGAGGAACUCUGUCUUUUGAAAGAUUUCGUUAUCAGAAAUGCGCAAUCAUCUCUGACAGAAUCAGAAAAACAACAUCUUAGAGAAGAAGCAGAAAAAGAAGCUAAGGAUAUGAAUCUCAAUUCUGUUAAAAUAUGUUUUGAGGCACUUGCAUAUAAUCCAGAUUCUGAUUUAUAUGAAAGUAUAUGUCCUCCAAUUUUUUCUGAUGCUGUUGCUAAUCAAAAAUCACCAGAUUUUGGUGAAUUAAAGAUCUCACGGAUAGAUAAAUGCUCUGGUGUUUGUACUGGUGAUGAAGAAGUUUUCCUUCUUUGUGAAAAAGUAAAUAAAAAGGAAAUUAAAAUUCGUUUCUUUGAAACUGAUGAAAAUGGUAAAACAAUGUGGGAAUCUUAUGGAAGAUUUAAUGAGACUGAUGUACAUCAUCAAGUGGCAAUUGUAUUUCGUACACCAGCUUAUCAUAACACAGAAAUUAAAAGUGCGGUAAAAGUAUAUCUUCAGUUAUUCAGAAGUAAAGAUGGAGAAUGUAGUGAAGCAAAAGAGUUUCAUUACAAACCAGUUGAUCAUGAUAAAGAUGGUGUAGAACAGAAAAGGAAGAAACCUAAUUUUAAUCCUGGAUUUGGAGGAUUUGGCUAUCAUACUAACCAUUAUGAUCCAGGUUCCUAUCAUACUGGUCCUUCUGAUUUGGGUAAUGGAGGAGAUGAAGGAUUGCAUGGUUUCUUUGGUAAAAGUCCACCAGGAUAUCAGAGGGAAGCGAUUUUUAAAGAAGAAACUUCUGAUAGUUCUGAAUUGAUAGAUGAAAUGCAAAAUCCUGUAGAAUUUAGUCAAGAUAUCAAAAAAAUUUCUAGUCAUCAUGACGAUCCUUUAAAAAAAGACGUUUUAAGGAAAUUAAUCACUAAUUCAAGUAAAGAUUUUGAACUUCUUAAAGAUGAAAUUUUAAAGAAGACUUUUGAAUUACAAACCAUCAUAAACAAAUCAAUGAAAGAAGUAAUGCACUCACAAGAAAAGUCAAAACAUUCUUCAGACUUAUCUGAAAAUGAGAUGUAUCAUUCACUCUCCAUCUUUCAAUCAAAUAUGUCAAAAAUUAUCAAUGAUUUUUCAUCUUACCUGACUGUUAGACUUGGAAGGUUUGGAGUUAAUCCAUUUUCUUCCAUAGAUUCAAAUUUAAUACAGUUAUUAUGUGAAAAAAGAAUUCAAGAAGAAGUUAAACAUAUUUCAAGGAUAUUAGCAAAAGAAGAAGCAGAAAAUUUACAGUAUUUUUCUGCUACUGGUGAUGUAAGAGAAUUGUUAGCAGAUAAGCAUUACUUGUUAGCAGUAGGAAAUGAUGCAGGAGAUACUCCUCUUCACUUAGCCAUAUUGCAUCAACCAGAAAAUAUAAGUAUAAUUCAGAUAUUCCUUGAUAUAAUGUCAGAUAUGUGUAAUCCAAUAAAUCAUCUCAAUAAUCUCCAUCAGACAUGUUUGCAUUUAGCAGUUAGACUUUGUCCAAAAAUUAUACCAUCCCUUUUAAAACAUGGUGCUGAUCCUAAUAUUCAAGACAGAUAUGGAAAUACAUCUGUUCAAUUAGCUAUAGAAACUAACAAUGUAGAAAGUCUUUCACAUCUUCUUUGCUUUAAUAAUUAUUGCAAUUAUGAAAACAACUAUCCAAGAUUAUCUAUAUUAAAUUAUUGUGGUCAAGCAGCUUUACAUCUAGCAAUUACCAAAGGUAAUGAAUCAUGCAUUAGACUUCUUUGUCAAGCAGGAGGUGAUGUAAAUCAACAAGAAGGUACUCGAGGUAGAAGUGCUUUACAUUUGGCAAUUGAAUAUAAUCCUCAAGCAUUGGAUAUUUUGCUAAAACAGGCAAAUAUAGAGUUUGAUCUACAAGAUUAUGCUGGAAACACUGCAUUACAUUUGGCAUGUUCUCGUAAAUUAAAAGAUUCUAUCAUGAAACUAAUUAAAGAAGGAUCUAAUCCAAAUAUACUUAAUUAUGACACUUAUGGUAGCUUUGAAGAGGAUGAUGAUGAUGAAAUGAAUGAUUCAGAUACUGAUGACAAAUGUAGAGAUGAUGAUGAUGAUGAUGAUGAUCUUGGAAAAACUGCUUUUGAUCUCACAGAGGGAGACAAAGAGAUUAUUGAUAUUCUGAAAGGCAUUACUGUACUAGAAUCAAUGGAUGUUUCUGAACAUCCAUCUUCAUUAAAUAUUGAUGUUAAAUUCAAAACAAGUGAUAGGAGUGUUGAAAGUAAUGAUGACGUAAAUAAGAAAGAUGAUGAUAAUCAGAGCGUAAUGGAUUCUGGAUUUUGCAGUAGUGAAAUAACAUUAUUUGAUGAAAAAACAUUAAACAAAUUAUGUGAACUGCUGGAUCCACCCCAAUUAGGCUGGGAAAAAUUGGCUUUAUUCUUGGGUAUUGACACUCCACUCGAAAAAGAAGUUAGCCCAACAAGGACAAUCAUUAAACAUUUCCAGAGGCAUGGAGAUGUUGACGUCUUUCUAAAUGCAAUUGAUGCCGCCCAAUUGACAGAAGUGAAGGAACUUGUAAGACAUUUACAAGAAUGAGACUUCUGACAAGCUUAUAAUGUGAUAUAAAUGCCAUAAUAUAAUUUUUCAUCUUUAUGUGCUCAAAAACAUAUAUAUUUUUUCAAAUCAUUUUCAUAAAUUCAUUGUGAAAAAACCAUGUUAUGAACAUUCCUGUAGAAUGUUAUAAAUUUUUUUUUAUAUGAUGGUGAAGGCUCGUGUAAUAUACAUAUAAUGUAUUGUAACAUGAUAUAUAUGUACUGUAUUGUGCAUGUUAUAUUUUUGUAUAUCAGAGAUAUUCUUUGAUGCUAAAAUGGCAAUUUAAUAUUUUGUACUUAGAAAAGUUAAAUAACUGGAAAAUUUUAAGAAAUUAUUGUAUUAUAUAUUUUUAUGAAAAAAUUAUUGUUUAUAAAUAAUU